CCCAAGCCUGAGCUGCUUGAGAACAGACCUACCCAGCGAUCAGCGUCACCCCUUCCAUCCACGUCGACAUUGGCCAAUCUGAAAUCUGUCUCUACUUAGGGCAUCUCUCACUCCCACUCCCACUCCCAGCAUCUACCAUCUACGGCAUGGGUUCUCUGGUGGUGGCUGCUCUCAGCGUGCCUCUCUCGGCUUGGGGCAUACACCGAGCCUAUUCUUGGCUCGUUCCCGACAGUAGCGAUGUCUCCCUCUCACGUUACCUCCUGCUCGUGGGCCUGGCUGCUCUCGCUAUCAGGGUUUCUUGUUCGUUCUUCAACAGCGACCGCUUUCAAGCGCGCGCCCGCCUUCUAGGCUGCGGCCCUGUGGCUCUCUACCCGCACAAAGACCCAAUUCUGGGCCUGGAUGGCUUCUUCGGGGCGCUCCGCGCCCUCAACAGCCACAGACUCCUCGAGUUCUACGCCGGCCGCUUCUCAUCAUGUGCGCCCACGUACUACACCAUCGCCCUGGGCAAAUGGAUCCUCAUGACCAACGAAGCUGAAAACAUCAAGACAAUCCUGAGCACCAAGAUGGCCGACUGGCCUAUUGACGGCCCGAGACUCCUCGCCACGCUGCCCGUCCUGGGCCCGGACAGCAUAUUCACCAGCAACGGGGAGCCAUGGCACAGGGCCCGAGCCAUGCUCAAGCCUUCGUUCGUACGGGACCAGGUCGCCGACCUCAAGUGCUUCGAUCGCCAUACCAGGAACAUGCUGGCCGCCAUCCCCGGGGACGACGUCGCGUUCGACAUGCAGAGCCUGCUGCUCGACAUGACCAUGGACUCGUCCACCGACUUCUUGCUGGGCUACUCGACCAACUUGCUGUCCGAGGCUUCCCCCGAGGCGCAGCAGUUUGUCCGAGACUUUGAGUACGCGAGCAGGGAGAGCGCGAAGAAGGCUCGUUUGGGCACCCUGCUGUUCCAUUUGCCUCAUCCCGCGCUGCGCAGAGCCGUGCGAGGCUUGAGGGAGUAUGUCCGCUUCUAUCUGAAGAAGGCGAUUGCCGAGGCCGAGAAGGGCGCCGGAGCUAGGGAACGGAGCUACGUGUUUCUUGACGAGCUGCUUAAGGCCAACCCGCCCGAGGACUACACGAUCGACCAGAUCCUCUCCAUUCUCAUCGCAGGGCGGGAUACCACGGCCACGGCCAUGACAGCCGCCUUCUACUUCCUGGCCCGCGACCCGGCGGCGGUCGCCAAGUUGCGAGACGAGAUCCUCGGCGUGGGCGAUGCCAAUCCGACAUGGGAACAGCUGAAGCAGCUGAAGUAUCUCAACAACGUGAUUAAAGAGGCACUGCGCCUCUUUAGCCCCGUGGCAACCAACUCGCGGACGGCAAACAAAGAAACCAUUCUCCCUCGCGGUGGCGGCAAGGACGGGAAGCAGCCCAUCCUCGUUCCCAAGGGGAUGUCGGUGCGCUGGUCCCUGCACGCUUUGCACCGGAGCAAAGACGUCUUCGGCCCCGACGCUGACGAGUUCCGGCCGGAGCGGUGGGACUCGGACCUGCGUGUCAGCUGGGAGUAUGUCCCGUUCAGCGGCGGACCCCGGAUCUGCCUCGGCCAGCAGUUUGCGCUUACCCAGAUCGCAUACACUCUGUUUCAGUUUUUCAGGACUUUCCGGUCUCUCGAAGCUCGGGAUGAUGGGCCGCUCCUGGCGCGGACAAACCUGACCAUUUCUUUCCCCUUCGGCUGUCUGGUUAGUGUGAAGCGUGCGUAAGUGACGGUCGUGCGUUGAGCUUUGAUCGCGGUGCGCAGGAGACGCACUAUGCACCACU